GCUUCUAAAGUAGUUUUUCAUGGUUUCUGUAUGUUUCAUUGAGUAACCCUUUGCUUUCAAGUUGCAUCAAGGUUUCCUGCUUUGAGUUCAUCUCUGAACCAAUGAAUAUCCUGGCAUGAAUAAUAACAAUCUUCAUGAGAUAAUGAUCUACAAACUGGAAAGAUAGAACAGACAUGAUUAAGAAGAAGUUGAAGCUCAAGAUAGGUGAGGAUAUAGUAAGCAAGCACCUAGCUGCUUUAAAUGAUUCUCCAAGCUCAGGCGAAUUACAUCCCAAGAAACUGAAAGAACUUGCAGAUGUGAUUGUGGAACCAUUGUCAGAAAUCUUUGAGGAAUCAUGGACAUUGGAGGAAGUGCCAAAAGACUGGAGGUAACAUUUCACUUGUUGCAUAUCCAGUUUCCAACACGAGUUCAGCAACAAAAAUUUUACCAAAAACCUUAGGACCAAUAAAUGUGAAUGUUGGACCCCAAAUGAUUAUAAGCACACCACAAAGACUAGCCAGUUCUGGGAGUGUUCUGAUCGGGAAUCCUUAUAGCCCUGCACCAGCGAUGGUCACUCAGACACAUGUGACAGAAGCCACUGGCUGGGUUCCAGGGGACCGAAAACGUGCUAGAGAGUUUAUAGACUCUGGUUUUUCAGAAAGUAAAAGAAGCAAAAAAGGAGAUAAAAAUGGGAAAGGCUUAAGACAUUUUUCAAUGAAAGUAUGUGAAAAAGUUCAACGCAAAGGAACAACUUCGUAUAAUGAAGUGGCUGAUGAGCUGGUAUCAGAGUUUACCAAUUCAAAUAAUCAUUUGGCAACAGAUUCACAGGCUUAUGAUCAGAAGAACAUUAGGCGAAGAGUUUAUGAUGCCCUCAAUGUGCUAAUGGCAAUGAACAUAAUUUCAAAGGAAAAAAAAGAAAUAAAAUGGAUUGGGCUUCCUACAAACUCAGCUCAAGAAUGUCAAAACUUAGAGGUGCUGGAGUGGAAACUGAGGCAAACAGGGUUAAGUGAUUUAACCACAGUCACCCAGCUAAUUGAGAAGCAACGGCGAAUAGAGCGUAUAAAGCAGAAGAGGGCUCAGCUGCAGGAGCUGCUGCUGCAGCAAAUAGCUUUUAAAAAUCUGGUGCAAAGGAAUCGGCAAAAUGAGCAGCAGAACCAGGGCCCUCCGGCUUUGAACUCCACAAUACAAUUGCCUUUUAUCAUUGUCAACACAAGCAAAAGAACUGUCAUAGACUGUAGCAUCUCAAGUGACAAGUUCGAGUAUCUUUUUAAUUUUGACAAUACUUUUGAAAUCCACGAUGAUAUAGAGGUGUUGAAGCGAAUGGGAAUGUCUUUUGGCCUGGAAACGGGCAAAUGUUCACUUGAAGACCUGAGAAUUGCUAAAUCGUUGGUGCCAAAGGCGUUAGAAGGUUAUAUCACUGAUAUGUCUACAGGACCUUCAUGGUUGAAUCAGGGGCUACUUCUGAAUUCAACCCAAACUGUUCCAAAUUUAGAUAUGACUGGUGGUACCACUUUAUCGCAAGCAAGUGUAAACCAAGGGUUUUGUUUGGAUGCUGAAGUGGCCUUAGCAACUGGGCAUUUCCUUGCCCCAAGCAGUCAGCAGUCCAGCAGUGCCACAUCCCACUAUUCAGAGUCCCGUGGUGAGACCCCCUGCUCUUUCAACGACGAGGAUGAAGAUGAAGAUGAUGAGGACCCUUCAUCCCCAGAAUAAAGACAGUAGAAAAGCUAAAUUUUACAAAAUGCUGCUCGUGUGUGUUUUUAGUGUGAGCUCUUAUUCUUGAUGUGAUUGCUUCAGCUCUUGCCUUUGUUUGCCCUGUGUAUUCGGUGACAAUAAAUGAAACAACUCAACUAAGUGACAUCAAAGUUAGGAUGAAAGUUAACCUAGUGCAAAAGAAGACUCUGACCCUGCAAAAGCACUAGGACACAGCGCAAACAAAGUGUAUUCUCCUCUGACUGAGGUAAAGAAAUCCCUGAAGACUUGGCAGAGUGGAUGAGUUUCAGCUACUUGGUAAGAUGUGGGACUACUGUCUCCUCCCACAUCCAUAGCAUCCUGCUCAGAAUCGACAGUGCGACAAGGAAUGUUCCUUAGCUAAAAUACUUAUCAUGCUUAUCUCUUUUGGCUGUGCUGUUUUUAAAUGCUGAGAUGCAUAUUUACAGUUUUGCUAUGUUUUUUUGAAUAAGGUACCUAGAAUGUUUGUUCAUUUGACUCUAGAAAUCAAAGUCUUAAAGUAGUUUCAAGUGCUGGCAUUUCUUGAAAUAGCGGAAAAUCCAUGUGAUGAUGUGAGUCACCGGCCUGCUGCGUUAGACACUUGUCAAGGAGGUAGGAAGACCAGCUUCUAUUUGAGUGACACUUCAGAUGUCGUUUAUCAUGUUAAAAAACUGGAAUUAGAAUGGCUAACCGAUGCUAACAAAGCAGUGUAGGUUUUGUCAGGUGAGUAAGGACCUAUUAGGCCUAUUUAUGGAAGAUGAAAGAAUUUCAAAGAGCAUUUCCAUGUAUAUAUUUGCCAGCACUGCCUUUUUGCCAGUGCCUACAAUGUUGGAAUUUUACAGGGAAGAAAACUAUAGAAAUAGCUUUAUUCCAACUAUUAACCACUGCAGUUCAGGCAAUUUUUUUUUUCAUUUAAAGCAAGAACAAUAGAAAAACAACCAACCCAAGUUUUGAAAUGCUUGCUUACAUUUCAUUUGACAAUAUUGUCGUGUCUAUGCGUGUCCCAUCUGUGGAACUGAAGCAAGUUGCUUUCAAUUUUAUCUUAAAAGAAAAUGUCUCAAAAUACUAAUUGGUGAGCCCUACUGCACUUUUGCUACUUACUGCAUUUCGUUAUAAAUUGCAUCUCUUGGGAACUGGCCCAUAUUUUGGUUUCAUGGAAACUAUAUAGGAUGUUAAGAACUUCCAGAUAAUUGGAUUUUUAGGUAGGGUGUUACAUAGCCAAAGAUGCUAUUAGGAAUAUUACAUCAUUGAAUUCUUCUGUUUAAAAGGAGGGCAUGGAGGAGGGAAUCUGUAAUCAAAAUUGUUAAAGGUUGCUCAUUUUUUAAAGCUGGGAAAAGGCUCAAAAUCAAGGCAAAUUUCUACCUUUGUUCCUAGGAAUCCUGUAGCUGCUCUCCCUUCUUUCUACUCUCCAUUCAAAUCUAAUCUGAAAUCCAGGAAAGCAGUAAAAUGUAAACCAUUUAAAAUCACCGUUAACCUCUACAUAUGUUUCUAAAUGUGUUGUCAUCAGAAAAGCUAAAUUCACUAGUAUUUUGGCAGUUUGAAGAACUCAGAUAUCAACUACUUAUUGUACCCACAAAAUCCUCAUCCUGAUAUUUAAUACACAUAAAGUGAAACUGUUUUAAGAUGGAGAAAUACCAAGGCAUUGUGGUAUAUGUACCAUGUGGCUAUCCAAAAUAUUAAAAAUUAAGUAAAACCCUCCCCUGUUUAAAAUAAAAAAAUAUAAAAUGAUAACAUCAAGAUUAAUUUGAGGGCUAUAAAUGUAGUAGUAACUGUUUUUGAAAGGCACAAAUAAUGAAGGGAAAAGUCAUUUUUAAAAUGUUAAUUUUAUGGGGAAGCAAAGGAAUGAAUCAUUGAGUGUUUUCUUUGGGGACUUAAAACUUAUAAGUUCUUGUUUCUUUUAGCCCAUUGUAGGUGUUGAACUCAUUAGAUAAGAAUUGGAUACUUCAUAGUAAUCUUAAGAAGGAUGUUUUGUAGUGCUGGGAGCACCUAGAAUGGCCUAAAGUCUUUAUCAAGUCUUAGAAAUCUCACGAACAAGGGCCUAGAGCAUCAGCCUAGGUUCACGUAAGACUAUAUUCUGCCAAGUUUACAUAAUCACUAUAAGCUUUAGCUAGUUUAGGGGGUCAGGAAGAGAGAAGAUGAUGAUCUGUUAGUUUUAUUGUCUUGAAUAGAGAAUUGAUCUCAGCAUGAAUUUGGGAAGAGACCUCCCAGGCAGGUCUAACUGGACGUGGCCAUAAUGCUAGCAGGCUGCAUCAGGCCCUGCACCCAGUACCUGGUGGAUCUGUACUGCAUGCUUCUGGGACUAACCAUUUGGCUGGGGGUGGGGGGAGAGCAGGCCACAGGAGAACUAGGGACAAAAAGCUGCUGCUUGCAAACAGCAUCCAGCUAUUUAGACUGCAUGAAAACAGACCCUCCCAGCCCCUUCACCCCUAAAGAAAGGUCUGGGGGAAGAGUACAGUGCAAUCAGAACCUAAAAAUGACUUAACAGUUGUCCAUUUUCAGAAUUAAUUCAUGUUCCCCCUUAUCUGAGGAACCCGCCGCCUCAUCCUUUCCUUCUCUGCCUCCAAAAUGGGGCAGCCUGGCUUGAACAAAAUUGCUUUCAUUUCCAUCAAAGAGACUAAGAGCAGCUCAUGUUCACAGUUUGCCCCAACAGUGCCAAAAGCCACAUCUUCUCAACCGAUUGCACGUUUAUUGAGGCUCUUAAAAAUAAAGCACUUGGUUGACUAUCAAGCCUCCCUGUGUUUCUGGAAGCAAUAAUUCUUUCACCCACCUUUUAAUACCAUGUGGAACUUGUAGCUUUGAGGUCUAGCACACCCUGGCAACCAACAAGAGAGCCUUUUUGAAAUCCUUUCGAGCUGGCAGGGACCUGAGAAAGCACCUGGUCCUUCCCCCUGAUUUAAAGCACACACGGCCAGAAGAGAAGGGCGUCCUAACCAGGGUCAUAAACCAUCGACUAGAGCCGGAAGGGACUUGAGUGGCCAAGACCAAGCCUCUUGUGUUACUGAUGUGGAAACUGAGGCAGAGCUUAAGGGAUUUGCCCAAGAUCACACCACUUUCCAGUGGCAGCGCCAGAGGUUGGCUGUGGGUCUCCUGGAUCUUUAUGUCUCUGAGAUCAUGUUGCCAGGCUGGGAAGAGGCUAGCUGGGGGUAUGUGGGAGAACGAUGUUCUUACCGAACUCCCCAUAAAAUACUUGAUUGGGGGAGAAAAGGAAGAUGGUAACUAGAGCAUAUUUCUCUGGCUCCCUUUCAGUACCCAGGCUUCGUCCUCCAGAAGGGCUGCCCUGCUUUGGUCGGAGAGCCGGCUUCCCUCGGUUGGGGGGCAGGGUGCCCUCUAGAAGGAGCGCAGAGUAGCCCCCCCCCCCCCGGCUCCCACCCCCCAGAGAGGCCGGACACAUUUGGGUCCUGGUGAUCUCAGGCGGCUUUGGCUUGAGGAAGCCUUCGGGCCCGACCUCGUCUUCUCGGGUGGGUGGGCCUCCAGGGCGGCCAUGGAAGACGGCGGGGCCGGCCGUGGCCUCGGUGCUGGCCGAGCACCCGGAGCCAGGCCGAGUGUCCUCGGCAGACGCCCUGCCACCUUCUAUUCCUUCUCUUUUGUCAUCACGAGAGCUUUCCUUAGCCUGUUAGGGAAAGGAAUGACCUGCACCUGGGCCGCUGUCCCUGCCCGUGUCCUGAGCCCCGGCUCGGCCACUCGCACUCGGGCCUCUCUCUCCAAGCGCCGCCUUUGGCAGCCCAGAAAGGAUCCGGAUACAUCGGGCAUCUGUCUCGCUCCUUCAGGACUGUUUGAAUGGCCUCCUUUAGCCAGGCAGCCUCACCACGCAGCGCGUGCCCGAGACCCUGGCAGGGUGCCGGGGCAGUUCUGGAGGCGGCCGGCCCCCAGAACCAGGACCGGAACCCACAGAAUCUUCUUUGAACUUCAGAUGUGAUUGGGGUUCCCAAGUCCCGUGGAUGCCUCUUCAGGAGCGCUUCUUCCUGCUGUGCCUGGAGAGAGCUGUGGCCAUGGCGGGCUCCUGGCGUUCGGUGGGACGUCCUCUGCGAUGGUCAGGCCAGCCAUCCCCUGGCCGCAGCAGCGCCCCCUAGUGUAGGAGUUCUCCCGGAACCUCUCGGUGGUUCUCUUUCCUCCGGACGGAGCUUUGGGGAGUGACAUUUGUACUGUUUGGCCUGAGGUGCCUGGGAGCGGGCUUGGUCAGGGGGCUGGACAGGCUGGACGGUCUCCUGGGGGGCGCUGCCGUUUAGGGAUCGGGGCUGUCGUGACCCCAAGGGUGGCACAACGCGGGGAGGCCAGAUAGUUCUGCCUGGUUUUAGCUGAAAGGAAAUCACACCUUCGCCUUCCUAAUGCGUCCCUUGGUUCUCGGCCUGCUUGAGAGGAGACAGGCGGGCAUGAGCCUUGGGUGCGUAGAGCUCUCCCGGGGAGCCCGGCGAUGGGAGCAGCUCUGUUCUCCCCAAACGGGGGCCGGGCGAGGACUUCCCACCCGCGCCUCGUGCCCCCCAACAGGCACGGUCAGCCAUCACAAACUCUGCCCCUGCCGGGCGGGCCUAAGGCAGCUUCAUCCCCUCAGUGCCUGGCCUGGCCCAAGAAGAAGUGAAAGCUGCCCCGGCUGCCCCUCCUGCUCUGCGGCUGGCCGGCCUCCCGCUUUCCGCGGACGCCCCUUUCAGGCCAUUCCUUUGACGCCAUUCAGGAUUUGGCUCCUUGUUUUGUGGCAUGUCUGCAGCCGGAGCAGGACCGCCUUCUGCCCCCUUGUCCGCGCCAGCUCCCUGGGAACCUGCCCUGGAUGUGCCUGGCCAGGGGGCUCCCGGCACCCCCCAGAGGCGCCGCUUUGUUGCUCAUCUCCACCGUUCACAGGCCGCAUCUGCCUGCCAAAAGCCUCCCCCAAGACGCCCAGUGACCGUGUCCCAGGACGCUUCUGCAGGCCUGCUCGGGGCCGCCAGCAGACGGUAAGGCUGGGCCUUCCUCCUGCAUUUGGUUUGGACAUUCACUCUGGAAUCACGGAGGGCAGCGCCCCUGGCCGCUCUGCCUGAGCCAGAGGACUACAAGCAAGCUCUACUUUCCUGGUGAGGUGCCGGUGGGGGUGUCGCACAAAUACGAACUGUGACUUUGUAAAUAAAUGCCCUUAUUUUUUUAUGGAGAUUUUAUAGAAGAGGCUAUUUCUGUACAUGCAACUAACCCAGGUUUUCUGAAAGUGAUGCAAGGGAAGAGCAAACUUAUGUCCUGCAGGGCUGUGUCUUGCACAAAGUAGGCGUUUGAUAGGCAUUUGUUGACUUGUGCAAAAAUGGAAUAUGGCACCUACAGUGUUUGAAAGUUGUGCUUAUAAAGAAAUGACGACAUCACAGUGUUCUAUGACCUGAAGGGAAGAAAAGCUGUACUGUAGGAAAAUAAAUGAUUUUAAGCAA